AGUGGAAGCUGCAUGUCGGAUGGUCGUCAGCUGUUUAUUCAGAGUAUAACUGCUCCUGUAUCCAAAGAGUUUCACUGACCUAAUAAUAUAAGUAACCUUUUCUAGAUUACAUUAGCAUCCUUAGCUAAAGCUAAUGACGGAUAACUUACUAGAGCUGGCUAGCUUGGACAUUAUUUUGUACAUAUUGAACGAAGGCCAUGAGAACAUCAGUAUCCCAAACCUGUAACCUGAGCGAACAGCCGGCUGUUAAUAAAAUGUUGGACCACUUGCUUUGUAAUGAUGUGAAGACACAGUACAUUACAAAGUAGUAUCUGUACAUGCCACCUUUUCAUUUUGCCAAAUUACAUUCAGAUAGAAAAUAAAUGCGGGAUUGCUAAUUGGUAUAGAUACACAACUCAAAGAACAUUAGCUACUUGAGACUUCUUAUGAAUACUUGUGAUCCAUUUAACGUUAGUAAUUCGGCAUACAUAAUGCACACGUGCACAAUAAGUAAGUACAUUUCCAACUAAUGCACUUUACUCGUUUCCUUCAUGUUCCCAUAAUCGAAUAUAACGUUAGCAUAUGGAAGCCGGUCGCAUUAAUCAUCGUAAACCAAUUCAAAAUGCUGAACUUUCCAAUAAAUGCAAGCGAGCGGAACAUUCUGCCCCUCCAGACCUUCAAAGAAAAUGAUGGAGCUACCCAACUACAGCAGCCAGCUGAUGCAGCAGCUGUGGGCCCUGAGGAAGGAGGGCCACUUCUGUGACUGCACCAUCCUGGUUGGAGACAGCCCUCACCGUGCACAUAAACUGGUGCUGGCUGCCUCCAGCAUGCUCUUCAGGUCUCUCCUGGAUGGCUCUGACACUAUCUCCAUCGACACAGCCAUGGUUUCCUCGCAGGAGUUUGGCUGUCUGCUGGACAUGGUCUACACCGGCAAGCUGCCUCUAGGCAAACACAACGUCAGCCGCAUUGUCGCCGCUGCAGACAGCCUGCAGAUGUUCGACGUCGCUGUCGGCUUCAAAAACGUCCUCACCAGUCUAGUGAACCAGCAACCCCCGGUCCCAGGCCUUUCUACACAGGCCGCAAGCCUCACCAUGAUCAACAAAGCCCAGAGCGUGAACCCUGGAGGUUCAGCUUCACCCAACAAGGGUGACUUGAUUUCAGACAAGACAGAGCUACAGGCUGAGCUGAAGAAGGAAGCCUGUCUGGGUGACUGUGACGACACAGAGGAACCAGCAUGUAAAAGAACCUGUGUGGAGCUCUCAGAGCCUGAAGAAGCCAAAUCCUCAGAGAGCAUAGUGGAAGAAAACAACACAACGGCAGCUAAGGUAUCCAAUGGGCCUGCCACUGGUCUUCUGGAACAUUCCUCUCAGCUUGUGGAGCUCCUCAUCAACAUGUCAUCUGUCCUGGAGCUGCUGAGCCAGGCAGCACACAGCAGCCUGGAUGAACAGGAGAGACAGGUUGUGUGUCAGUGCUGUGACGAGGCAGAUCCCAGCUCAGCGUUGGAGAAACUGAUGAGCAGAAUGAAGGAGGGGCAGUUCAGUGAGGGAGCACUCCUCAGGCUGCUCCGGACUGUUCAACAGAAAGCUCCUUCCUCCUUCCCGACACCACUGCUCUCUCUGGUGGAGGAGGUGGAGGGGAACACACAGGAGCCAGAAGGAAACCAAACUGGAGUUGACUCAAGAAAGCAGAACAGCACCAGAAGUGAAGAAAAGCUAGAUGAAGAGGGAGAGGAAGAAAACAGUAAGGAGGAGACCGAAGAGGACGAGAAAGUCAUAAAUGCUACGACAGACUCUUCCUCCCCUCCCCCCUCCUCCUCUUCUUCCUCCCCCUCCAAGCCCUACUCCUGUCGCUGGUGUAAGAAGGGUUUUUCCUACAAAUGUCGAAUGUUGGCCCACGUGAAGCGCUGCCCCAUGUCCCAGGAGUGUGAGCAGCAGUGCCCACAGUGCCCCGAGAAGCUUGCCAACCAGCGGGCCCUGCAGCGCCAUCGGGCCGAGGCUCACCGCAACACCGCACGAGUGAAGAAGAAGGUGGCCUGUGAUCUGUGUGGGCGAACCUUCGCCCACCCAUCAGGCAUGAUUUACCACAAGCGCACUGAGCACUUUGAAGAGAAACCGUUUGCUUGUGAGGACUGCGGCGCAAAGUUUGGCGCCAACUCGUCUCUGAAGAAUCACAUGAGGCUGCACACAGGAGAGAAACCUUACCGCUGCAAACACUGUGAUAUGAGCUUCAGUGUGGCUGCUGCACUCGCAUACCACACCAAGAAGAAACACUCCGAGGGGAAGAUGUAUGUGUGUCAGUAUUGUAAGGCCGUCUUUGCCCAGUCCAUUGAACUGACGCGUCAUGUGCGAACACACACUGGGGAUCGGCCUUAUGUAUGUCGAGAGUGUGGCAAAGGCUACAGCCAGGCCAGUGGACUCACCGUACACCUGCACACCUUCCACAAUUUGUCGGAGCCUCAUGACUGUCAAAAGUGCUGUCUCAGCUUCUCCUCAUUGGAGGAGCAUCGCCAGCACAUCCAGGAGUUCCAUCCAAAGGAGUUUCACAAGUGUCCCACCUGCAACAAGGUGUUUACCAGCGCUGCCCUGCUGGACAAACACAAGGGCACACACACUGGAACCAAGCCCUUCAGCUGUGACCUCUGCAACAAGUCUUACCAGCAACUGUCAGGCCUGUGGUACCAUAACAGGACCAACCACCCCGAUGUGUUUGCUAACCACACCCGGCAGCUCAAGACCCUGGUCCAGUGUGAUUUCUGCUUCAAGUUCUUUCCCAGUGCCGCCAGUGUGGCCAAACACCAGGCUGCUGAGCACCAAGGCUCAGCGGCCUCGGCAGUGCAUUGUCCCUACUGCCCGGCUGUGCUGGGCGGGGAGGAGGAGAUGCAGGAGCACAUCAGCAGCCAGCACAUCAGCCAGAGCAGCGAGGCAUUCAGCUGCCCCCUCUGCUCCCUGGUCUGCACCUCCCAGCUGGAGCUGCAGGAGCACCUGCUCUCCUGCCACAUGGAGGCACAGGAGGAGCAGGAGGCCGGAGAGGAGCAGGCCUCCACCUCCCACACGGUGAUUUCAGCAGAUCCAACAGGCAAUGAAGGGGCGGAGUCAAUCAUCUCUGAGGAGCAGGCACAGCUGACAGCUGCCCAGCAGGUGUUUGUGGCUCUGGCAGGUGGAAGAGAGGGCGGAUCAUCAGCGGAGGUGGUGGAGGUCAACAUGUAUGACCUGCUGAGCAGCUCAGUCACCUUCAUCUGUGAGGACAAACCGUCAGAUCCUGACUCUUAAGCAGGAACUUUGACCCUUGGAGGAUCACUCUGGACACUGUUAUGGUUUUAUGGUCUCCUCUGAUCAUUAUUAACACUACAACAUAGGCUAACCAGACAUAAUUCACAAAGGACUCUUUGUGUUGUUGGUUCAUGUUUAGUCCACCAAAAUAUUUUCUAUGGUAGACUUUUGCAGUUCUAAUAAAUGUGGUGAAUGUGUGGUUCACUUUAGUUUAUGUACAGAAACCCAGGUUGGCUUUUAAGAGUUGUCCCCAAAGAGCACAGAAAGUCAAAACCAAACACAAAAGCAAAAACCAAACAUGACCUCGCUCAGGCUGCCUUGUCUGUUUCUACUUCAGUUACUACAUUUCCCAGACAACAACCCCUUAGAGACAGAAUGUGGACUUGUGGCUUUCAAUUAAAUGUGAGGAUUAGGCCAUGAGUAGAGUGUGAAAGUUCUUGUCCUUGGAAAAGUUUUCAUGGAUAAAAGCUUUUUGUUGAGCUUUCAACUACAACUGAGCAAACUCCAUUCAUCGACGAAGAGAUGUGGCUAUUUGAAAAUGUGUUCAUUGAAGGAUAAGGUUUGCUGUAUUUUAUAUUUUUCUUGUCCACAAAUCCCAUGAAAAGACCAAAACCACUAAUAAUUAAUUUGUCUCUCAAUGCUCUCCAACUUCCCUACCCUGUCUGUGGCUCGCAGCCUCAAGCCCAUUGGUUCUUACUGAAGAUUGAAGAAGACAUCUUUAAAAACUGGUCACAAAUGUAGUUUAAUGUAAUUUCCUAAAACAGCUGGACACUGUAGUUUUAGGGAAAUGUUACUUAAACAGGAGGAAAUGAAAUGCAUUUAAUAGGGACUAGCACACAGCUGCACUGUGCUGCGGCCACAUUUGGUGCUCUAGUGAGUAUUUGGGGAAGCAGGACGGUGUACGUGGGCUAGAGUCAAAAUAGACUACAGUGUGUGUUCAUUGUAAUGAAGGAACAUGUCACCCAGUGCAACAGUGUGGCUCAUACACAUAAUACUUGUUAGUUGGAUGCAUUCAUUGUUAGUUUGUCUGGAUUUGUUGACAAGAAAAAUAGAAUAUUGGUAGUCUUAUCCUUCAAAAUGAAAUCUCUGCUACUGUAGGUGUAGAAACUGGCAUCGCUCUCAUCUACACUGGAUUUCUUUCUGUGUGAUUGUUAAAUGUCAGUGAAAAUGAAAGUUAUUUCUCCUCUGACAUGUACAGUGUUCUGCAGUAUGAAACUCUUCACCUGAUGUGUCAUACUGUCUACAUUUGUUUGUCCAGUUAAACAGGAACAUUAAAUCACCAUCAUAACAAGUACAUAAGUCCAGAAAUGGUUUAUCACCAGUAGAAAUUUGGUGUUUAAGAUGGAUUUGUCUCAUUAGGAAUAAUAAAUCAAAUAAUAAAAACUCAAA